UACCCGACUCCGCUACCGCCAGCGACUAGAUGAGCGGAGAGUCAGAAUUCCCGGCGCUGGGCCGGCCCUGGAAAGCGCAGAUGGGCGUGUAGGACUUGGCAACAUAGAUUGAGGGUCUGAAAGGCCUGCGCUGCGCUAGUGAGAGGCUAACCUACAGAUUCUGCGGUGCCGAGAACUGCUAUGGAGAGCAGGUGCUACGGCUGUGCUGUCAAGUUCACCCUCUUCAAGAAGGAGUACGGCUGUAAGAACUGUGGCCGAGCCUUCUGUAAUGGCUGUCUUAGCUUCAGCGCACUGGUACCCCGGGCUGGCAACACACAACAGAAAGUCUGCAAGCAGUGCCACACAGUCCUGACAAGAGGGUCUUCUGACACUGCCUCCAAGUGGUCGCCACCUCAGAACUAUAAGAAACGCGUGGCAGCCUUGGAAGCCAAGAAAAAGCCCAGCACUUCCCAGAGCCAAGGCCUGACCCACAAAGACCAAGCCAUUGCUGAGCGUCUGGCACGGCUUCGUCAGGAAAACAAGCCCAAGUCAAUACCCUCACAAGCAGAGAUAGAGGCGCGGCUCGCCACACUGAAGGAUGAAGUCCAGGGCCCCAUCCCUUCCACACAGGAAAUGGAGGAUCGGCUUGCAGCACUGCAGGGCAGAGCCCCACCUCCUCACACCAUGAGACCGGCACACCAGGCACCAGAUACCAGGACCCAGGCCCAGCAGACACAGGAUCUGCUCACACAGUUGACAGCUGAGGUGGCCACUGAUGAAAACUGGCAACCAAGAGUCGCAGCAGCCCCUCCCCAGAACAGCCUCAACAAGGGAGGUACAAGGAACCAGCACACAGAUUCCCAGGGGCAGGCGUCUCUGGAGGAAGAGAAGAACAAGCUGCUGGCUGAGGCAUCAGUUGAGCUACAGGAGGAGAACACCAGGCAGGAGCGGAUCCUGGCUCUUGCCAGAAGAUUGGCUGUACUAAAGGGACAGGACCCCAGCAGAGUAACCCUUCAAGACUAUCACCUUCCAGACAGUGACGAGGAUGAGGAUGAAGAGACAGCCAUCCGGAGAGUCAUGCAGCAGCUCACUGAAGAAGCAGCUCUGGAUGAGGCAAGUGGCUUUAACAUCCCUGAGGAACCAGCUCCAGCAUCCCAGGCUCAACCCCACAAGGCCAAGACUGAGCCCCAGUCUCGCAUCCAGGCUGAGGAAGAAGAACUCCCCUGGUGCUGUAUCUGCAAUGAGGAUGCUACUCUGCGCUGUGCUGGCUGUGAUGGAGACCUCUACUGUGCCCGGUGCUUCCGGGAGGGCCACGAUAACUUUGAUCUUAAAGAACAUCAGACUUCUCCCUUCCACCCCCGACCGCCUUGCCGAGAACACUGAGAAUAACCUAAUGAUCUCCUGAGGUGGCAGUGCCACAGGCAACCAUCAGGCUGGGAAGCCACCUGGGCUGAGUCUCAAGGCAUCCAGGGGGAUAGCAGACCCUGCUUUACUGAUGGCAAACACACCCGUUUGUGAGCUUCACGGUCCCUGGAAGGAAGGAAGACGAUGACUCUUAGAGGGAGCAGAUGGAGGAACGAAUCAGAGCCCUCCUCUGAGGCUGACCUCAAACAGGCAGAUGGGGAAGCCCAGCUGAAGCUGUGGCUGAUACUUGAAACCUGGUUCUGGUGCCCAACCCUGGGCCUGUAGAGGAUCUAAUAAAAUGUUGUCAUUGGUCCCA